CCGUCAAUUUGCAAGUGUUUUUUUCGCACAACAUUUUUGGAUUCAUCUAACAUGUCACAUGUGGAGAUCUCAGGUUUAUUUAAUAUGUUAAGUGAUUCCAGCCAUGAAAUCCGGCAACAAGCUGACUUGGCACUUUCAGAGUUUCUUCUGGAGAUGAAGAACUCUCUGUCUGUAGAUUACGGUCGCAUGGCAGAAAUACUUGUACAAAGAGCAUCUUCCCCUGAUGAAUUCACCCGUUGAACUGCAAUCACAUGGAUAAACGAGUUUGUAAAACUUGGGGGUGAUCAAUUGACAAGCCCCUUUAAUACAACACAUGGUGAUAUAGUGAUGGAAGAAAAUGCACAUGGUGAUGAUGUAAAUCAAAGUAAUGAAAAAAAUGCAGACGCUUUAGAGGCUGGAAAUGAGCUUGUAGGAGUUGUCUCUAAUGAGAAUUUAUUGGAACUUCUUGAGUUAGCAAUGUCAUCAAACACAACUGAAAUUGUGAAAAGAGCCAGAGAACUGAUAGAAUUGGGAGUUUACCCUAUGGUCCUCAUGUCUCAAAUGGCUACACUUAUUAUGGACAUUAUUGUUGGAACAUAA